CCAGAAGCCUUUGCGCCUCUCCCUCCCCGCACACAGACAGACAGCUCCAACCAACACUUGCACGCUCAAUCGCUUCCCGCACCCAAAACCACAGACAUGUGGGCCCCACCGUCUCUCUGACCCCACAUGUCAGUGACAUACCCCACUCCCAGCCCCCACCUGCCGCAAGCAAAGCAAAGCAAGCAAAGCAACCGCCUCCCCUCGUCGCCCCCCCUCUCCCGGCUCGCGCCGUCACGCGACGCGCCGCGCCGCGACGCCGACGCGAGCUCGCGGGGUUACAAAGACAGCUAGCUCGCCUCGCCUCGCCUCGCCGCGCCGCGCCGCCGCCACCCGCACGCCCGCAUAGCGGAGGCCGGGCGGCAUUCGGGCCGAUUUGGCGAGCUGGGGGAGCCGGCGGAUGGGAGAUCUGGCGGCGGGGUUGGAGGAGGAGGAGGUGGUGGUGGUGGUGGUGGUGGCGUCGAGAUAGUGAGCGCGGCUAGAGUGGUGGUGGUGGUGGUGGUGGCGUCGAGAUGGUGAGCGCGGCCUCUAGCCGCGCGGGAGGCGGCCCCGCUCGACACGCCCCGAGGGGCGGCGCGGGGCCCGGGAGCCCGCGGGUCUCUGCGCAGCGAAGGAGGUGGUGGUGGUGGGCGGCGCCGCUGCCCUCGGCCUCGGGCGCGUCGUCGCUGGAGCGCGUGGCGCUCGCGUUCUUCCUGGCCUCCGUGGCGCUCGUGCUGUCCUGCGCGCUCUACCUCUACGUGUUCCGGUACCUCGGCCGUGGGAGCGCCGUCGCCGGCUUCGUCGGCCGGGACCUCGAGCCGUGCGACGUGUUCGACGGCGCCUGGGUGCCCGACGCCGGGUACCCGCUGUACAACAGCUCGCUGUGCCCGUUCGCGGAGCGCGGGUUCAACUGCCUGGCCAACGGGCGGAGGGACACCGGGUACCUCAAGUGGCGGUGGAAGCCGCGGCGGUGCGACGCGCCGAGGUUCACCGCCCGCGCCGCGCUGGAGCGGCUGCGCGGGAAGCGGGUCGUGUUCGUGGGGGACUCCAUGAGCCGCACGCAGUGGGAGUCCUUCAUCUGCAUGCUCAUGGCCGGCGUGGACGACCCCAAGACGGUGUACGAGGUGAACGGGAACGAGAUCACCAAGACGAUACGGUCCUUGGCGGUGAGGUUCGCGUCGUUCGACCUCACCGUGGAGUUCUUCCGCUCGGUGUUCCUCGUCCAGCAGCGCCCGCCGCCGAGGCACGCCCCGAAGAGGGUCAAGUCGACUCUGCGGCUGGACAGGUUGGAUAAUAUCAGCAGGAAAUGGGUGAAUUCAGAUGUGUUGGUUUUCAACACCGGCCACUGGUGGACUCCGACCAAAUUGUUUGAGAUGGGUUGUUAUUUUCAGUCUGGACGAGUGCUUAAACUAGGAACAUCUGUCGAGGCUGCUUUCAGGACGGCAUUGGAGACCUGGGCUUCAUGGGUUGAAAAAAGAAUCGAUUUAAACAGAACUCAUGUUUUCUUCCGAACAUAUGAGCCGUCCCACUGGAGUGAUACAAAUCAAAAGGUAUGUGAAGUAACAGAACAGCCUUCAUCAGAGGCCAAAGGAAAUGAUAAGAGUGAAUUUGGGACUAUACUUGCCGAUGUUGUGGCAAACAUGAAAGCUCCUGUCACUCUACUAAACGUGACUUUAAUGGGAGCAUUCCGAAGUGAUGCUCAUGUUGGCACCUGGAGUUAUCCUCCCACUGUACUUGAUUGCAGCCAUUGGUGUCUCCCUGGAGUUCCUGAUGCUUGGAAUGAACUGGUAUUUUCAUACCUUUUAACAAAUGGUUGGCGAAAGAUGGCUCGGUGACUGCUGACUCUUGACAGUAUACUCAAUAUAAUGUUUUUCAGCUUGAAUAUUUCGAACUGCAGUUUUGUCUGCUAAAGAACAAGAAAACAUGAAACAGUGUAUUUUCCUAGGUUGUUUACUGUGCUUCUACAUUUUUUUUCCUCUUGUACAAGGUGAUGCAUUAGAUUUUGGAUGGUUUCAUUUGUCUGUACGUAGUGAUAAUACAUUCUAUACGUUGUAAAUUACAUGUUUCAACAUGUAUGUACUAUUGUACUAACAAUUCACUUCAUACGUUGUCAUAAUAUCUGCUCUUUUUCAACAAUUAA